AUGGUUGAACCAAUGUUUGCUUCCCAAUCUGAGCACAUUGCAGAACCCAAGGCAAUUGAUGAAACUUCUGUUAUGCAAGUGGAACUGGCAACUAGUACAGGGGAUGAAUGUGCAGCAGAGGGUGACAUUGUUGUUUCAUCUGAAACUGUUGUGGAAUCGGAGCCUGUUCAAGAAACUGUUGUUCCUAGUCAAGGGGGUAGCAUAGAAACUAACACUACUUCUACCAUCAGCGAAGUAAACAAAGAUACUGAGUCUCGUGCAUCUGGUGAAGUAUGCAAAGAUGCUCAGUCUCAUGGUGGUGAAUCUUACACUGAACUGCAAUUGGCCCCUUCCUCUGGUGAGGAGGCCAUGAUAUUGUGUAGACCAGUAAAUGAGGAAUCUGCUCCUCGUGCUGAAAAUGCAAAGACUGAUGAAGCUGACACAGAACAGCAACUGCCUCCAUCUGCUGAGGCCAUGGUAGACGUAUCUAGCGAGCUACUCAGCCAAGACGAAAAGGUGGCUCCAAGCACUGGCCCUUUAGGAAAUGAUGAAGAUGCACAGCUGGAAGAGGCUGCUGCUGCACAGAGAGAGCUAAGCACUGAAGUUGCUCAUGGUAGUGAAAAUGCGAAGGCCGGGACAGGCCGGGACAGGGGCAUCGAUACGCGAAGGCCAGGACAGGCAUGGGAGGUCCAACACAGAGGAAAGGAAGGGCCUUGGGCAGGGGGUUGCUCACUAGGGCUCGUGAAGAUGUCGUCCGGGUCGCGGUUCACGGCGAGCUGGGACGCGGCCGGGACGGCGCAGCGCGAGGGCGUCGCGCGGCGAGGUGGUUCCGGCGGUCGACGUCGAGGCGGCUUCGUGCGGUCCAGGGGCUUCGGCUCGCCGUCGGUGGCGUGGAUCAGGCGGGGCGCGUGUGCGGGGCGUUCUUGGGCUGGAAUAGGGUGUUGGGCUGGAGUUGGAAGCAAAUUUGGGUCCCUAUUUUUUGCAGGCCAGCAUGCAAAUGAAAAAAAUAGAGGCUCAAUUUGCAUGCUGGGCUGGAGUUGCUCUAAAGACGCACUAGAAUAA